UUGGAACACUUCCCGCCACGACCAGUGAGGAGAAUCCAGGUUCGGGAAGGGGAUUCGCUGACAAUCGACUGCAAAGCUCCCAGAGGCAUACCGCCACCGACUUUAUUUUGGUUAUACAGAGACACAGAGCAGGGAUCAGUGAUUGAAACGAUUCGUCGAAAGCACAUCACUGUCGACGAGGAUGGAAAACUACAGUUCAGCGCUGUUGAGCUCCAUGAUGGACGGCCGAACCUUGUCUACGAAUGUGCUGCGGGCUCUCCAGUUCUACAUGGCGAAUAUCGAUCCGGCGACCAUGUACAGCUGGAGGUUAUACCUAGAGAAGGUUUGUUUUGUGUGCGGUGA